AUGUGCGGUUUUCGGGGCAAGAGGAUUUCUUUAUUGUUGCUGCUCCUCGUUGGGGCAGUUAAUGGCUCCGAUAUUUGGGGAGAAUUUAGGGACCAGCGGUUUCCAUGGAGCAUAGUGAAAGCGGGCACUGAAUCGAACUUGAGUUCGAAUGUCCGAACGGUUGAGGUGCAAAGUCAAUCUCCACUGAAAACUGUAUCAGUACAAUGUGGGGAGCGCAAUAUAUUGGUUCGAGUGGACACGGAUUUAUUUGGAACAAAACACCUGGUUAAAGCUGCUGACCUGACUCUGGGGACAGUAGGUUGCCGACCAACGGCCAUCUUUCCUCAAAAUCACACUAUUUUCUUUGAUUAUGGACUGCACGAGUGUGGCAGCGAACUCCAGAUGGCUGAGGAUUUCCUCGUCUACGCCACCCACCUGAACCACAGACCCCAGGCUCGUGGAGCGAUUGUUGUGCGAACUAAUCGGGCAAUCGUUCCUAUUCGGUGUCGUUAUUUCAGGAAAGCUAACGUGAGCAGUAACCCAAUCCAUCCCACUUGGAUGCCGUUCAGCUCCACCAGGACUGGGGAAGGACAACUAUCUUUCUCCCUGCGGCUAAUGACUGAUGACUGGCUUACAGAGCGCGCCUCCUCCACCUACUACCUGGGCGAGCUCAUACACAUCGAAGCUUCUGUUUCUAUGAUUAACCACUUGCCCCUGAAGCUCCACAUUGACCGCUGUGUAGCCACCCUGAGCCUGGACAAGGACUCCACCCCGAGAUACAACAUCAUUGAUCACCACGGGUGCCUCCUGGACAGUGCGACCGAGGACUCCUUUUCCACCUUCGUGUUGGCCGGGGCUGACCGUGAGGUGGACAAACUCCGCUUUGAUCUGGAUGCCUUCCGUUUCUCCGGAGAUGAGCGUUCCCUGAUUUUCAUCAGUUGUCGCUUGAAAGUUGCUGCAGUUAAUCGGAGCGAUUCCAUGAACAAAGCUUGCACUUUCCAGAAGACGCAGGACACAUGGACUCCACUGGAAGAAACACGCCUCGACGUCUGUGCUUGUUGUCGCCUGGGGGAAUGCGCAGCCAUUGGAGAGGGUGUAGUUUCUCCCAGAGGACGGAGGGAGGCUCGGAAUGAGGCUGAUGACUGGCUUACAGAGCACGCCUCCUCCACCUACUACCUGGGCGAGCUCAUUCACAUCGAAGCUUCUGUUUCCAUGAUUAACCACGUGCCCCUGAAGCUCUACAUUGUGGCCACACUGAGCUGGGACAGGGACUCUACCCCGAGAUACAACAUCAUUGAUCACCACGGAUGCCUUCUGGACAGUGCCGGGGCUGACCAUGAGGUGGACAAACUCCACUUUGAUCAGGAUAACUUCCGCUUCUUUGGAAAUUAG